ACUCUAUUAAGAACUCAUUAGAGACCAGCCUAGCUAGAGCACAGUUAUGUUCUGGACCACCCCAAAGGCGGUGAGGUUCUUGGUGUUCUUGGCCAUCUUUCUCUUCGUGGAACCAACGACAGAUGGCAGGGAAGCCCAGCCUGCCGUGCCGGGGGUCAUGUUGUUCGGGGACUCGCUGGUCGGUGUGGGUAACAACGAUUAUCUAGCCACCUUGGUGAAAGCAAACAUGGCUCCCUAUGGCAGGGACUUCAAGGACCAUAUCGCUACAGGGAGGUUUGGAAAUGGAAAGCUGCUUAGCGAUAUCAUAGGUGAGAAACUAGGGUUUAAUGGCUCUCCUCCUGCAUAUCUUAGCCCACAGGCAUCAGGACAGAAUCUUUUGAUUGGAGCAAACUUCGCAUCAGCUGGAUCAGGCUACUACGACCCCACAGCACGUAUCUAUCAUGUAAUACCUUUAUCCCGACAACUGGAGUACCUCAAAGAGUACCAAUCGAAGCUACGCGUGGUGGCUGGGAAUGACCAUGCUCAAUCCAUCAUCUCAGACUCACUCUAUAUUAUUAGCGCUGGAUCAAAUGACUUCGGCUUCAACUACUACAUCAACCCUUUGCUCUUCUUGACACAGAAUGCUGAUCAGUUCUCUGAUCGCCUCGUUGGCAUCUUUAACAACACCGUGACGCAACUUCAUGCUAUGGGAGCACGACGUGUUGGUGUUUUUUCAUUAGCUCCGUUGGGCUGCGCCCCCUUGGCGAUCACGGUGUUUGGCCUUCGGAGAAACAGGUGUGUGCCAAGGCUCAACGAUGAUGCACAAAGGUUUAAUGGGAAGUUGAGUGCAGCUGUUGACUCGCUGUCGAACCGGUACCAAGAUCUUAAGGUUGCUGUGCUGGACAUCUACACACCAUGGCACAGCCUUGCCACCUCCCCUGUGUCACAUGGGUUCGCUGAGGCAAGGCACGGAUGUUGUGCUACAGGAUUAGUGGAGUUCACAGUGUUCCUUUGUAAUUCUUUGUCCAUCGGGACAUGUCCGAACGCGACGACAUACGUGCAUUGGGAUUCCAUUCACCCGUCGGAGGCAGCGAACAGAGUGAUCGUAGAUUCUCUCGGUGAGGGGAUCAACAAGCUGGUUAUGUAAAACACUGGACCUAGUACAGUGAUGUACGUACCAGUUAGUAUUAAGUUUCGUAUGAUACGCCCAAAAUAAACUGUAGAUUCUCUCGUGUUGAGGCCAUAAAAUAAUAUGUAAGUUACCUA